UCCGAUCCCGUCGAUCUGGGUGCGUUUUAUUUAAAUCACCGCGUUAAGAAAAGCGGCGGCUUUCACCGGAGUGCCCGCGUUUCCUCUCUGAUUUAUCAUCCCUGCGUUUUUUUUUAUUUAUUUAUUUUUUUUUAAUUUCCUUGCAUAUGGGAAGGAUGUGAGAAUGGAGCGGGGGAAAAAGAAAAGGGAGUGGAAACGGACUGAGCUCGAGAGAUAAGGGGAAAAAAGCAGAGGCCGUCCAUUUUGUCAGAGAAGCAAAAAAAGAGAAGAAGAUGGAAUUACAGCACAAUCUGGAGGAAGGAGGAAAGAUGGAAAAACGCGCGCGCUGUGCCUUAAAGAUGGGAUGAAUGUUCGGGAUGUGGUGUUGGUGCUGUUCAUGUUGAUGUUGUUGUUGAUUCGGAGAAAAAAGGAAAGAUGAACCAGGCAUGAUGAAGCUGCUGCGUCUUCUUCAUCCUCAUCUUCAUCCUCAUCCUCAUCCUCAUCACUCUGCCCUGUCUCUUCUGACCUGCGCGCGCGCUGACCUGUUUUUAUCUCGGAUUAAAUCCGCACGCGCCCGGCUUUAAACCGGGAUUGUAAUUUUGGGUGUAGGAUUGUGCACCGCUGCAGACUCUAUGAAGUGGCCUAGUGUGCAUCAUCUAGUGUGCAUCAUCUAGUGUACACGGAUCUGCAUCCUGAAGCAUCACCUGUACACUCUCAGAAGACCAGGUUAAUUACAGGAACAUCAUUAAGGAACAUAUCUGGAUCUUAAGGUCCACUGUUUGUGCCUGACAGUGAAAGUCUGAAUCUCAUCUAGAACAGAUAUCAGGAUACCUGAUUUUUUAAUUUUUUUUAAAUCAAAGCCUGACGUGGCAGGAAUUAAAGGGAUGUACUGAAGGUCUGCUCCUUUUUGGAAGUGUGAGGGGUCUGAGGUCCAUAAUCGAUACCACACCUGAGCGCUGAUGUCACCUGAAACCGGACGCAGCGUUAAUGAGAAAACUGUAGGAAUCCUUUAAAGGGAAACUUCAACGUUGCUGAAUGUAAAAGAGACACAUUCAGGGUUUCUGUUGGGGGUUUGUUUUUUGCUAAUCCAUUUUUGGAGCGUGGCCCGUGAUCGAGAUCUCACCUGACGCUGAGCGCAUCGUUAAUGAGAACACGCUGCUGUGGAAGAGCGAGCAUCCUUUAAAGACCUGACUGGAAUUAAAUGGAGACGUUCAGGGUUCUUUAAUAAGCAGCACAGCACCAGCAUAGACUUUCUGACAUCAUUUAUCUUUCAUUUCUACAAAGCACACACAGCGGAUCACCUGAGGGUUAAGGGUUCUUCCUCAGGCACUCUGUAGGAGCUCUCUGGCACUGGGUUUCAAACACACAACCCUCUGAUGAACAGCACAGAACUUUAACCACUUAUCACUUUUCCAGAAUCUGGUGCAGCUGGAACUCGGUGCUUCCUCGAUCUUCUCGUCCGCAUCCUCGUCUCAUUUAAUUGUCCUCAGGGUUACAGAAAAAAAAAACAACCAGUGCUGGAUUUUUGCACUUUCUCCCCCUCAGACACUCACUGUGCUGGAGGUGUUUGUAGUGGAUGACCUCUGAUGACCCCUAGUUACACUCCGGAGUGCGUUCCAGAGAGUGUGUGUGCGUUCCCUAGUGCUGCUGGACGACAGCUUGGAUUAAAACCCUACGAGACCGAGAGAACUGACGAGGAGGAGGAGGAGGAAGAGGAGGAGGACGGAGAUAUGAGCUCUGGAUGGUGGUGAUGAUGAUGAUGCUGGAUACGCAGAAUGCGACUCAGGAGCUGGGGGAGGAGGUGGAGGACGGCGCCGUGUUCUCCAUCUCGGUGCGCAGGGUGCAGGUGCAGCCGUCGGUCAGUAAGGGGCAGCGCUGGCUCGGCGUGGACUCGGACUCGGCGCUGAGCCUGUACGAGACGAGUAAACUGCGCACCAUUAAGGCGGGGACGCUGGAGAGGCUGGUGGAGUACAUGGUCUCCUCCUUCAGAGAGAACGACUCCACCUACGUCACCAUCUUCCUCUGCACAUAUCGCUCAUUCACCACCACCAACCAGGUGCUCGACCUCCUGCUCAACAGAUACGCUAAACUGCAGCACCUGCCGGGGUCAGAAGGUCACAGACUCACACACGAUGACCGCACCGAGCUCAGGAACACCAUCUCGUCGAUCCUGGGAGCGUGGCUGGAUCAGUACUCAGAAGAUUUCUGGAAGCCUCCGGAAUACAGCUGCCUCAGACGCCUGAUCUCCUACCUGCACGUCAACUUCCCCGGAUCAGACCUGGAGCGGCGAGCCUGCAACCUGCUCGCACAGUUCCACCGCAGACUGCAGCAAGAACCCGAGCCUGAGGUGCUGGAUCACGUGUCGUGUCCCUUCUCCCUCCUGGAGGAGAACGGCUAUGAGGAUGACCGGCCGGACUUCCUGACCUUUGACCCCACAGUGGUGGCCGAACAGUUCACCCUCAUGGAUGCGGAGCUGUUUAAGAAGGUGGUGCCGUAUCACUGCCUGGGCAGCAUCUGGUCUCAGAGGGAUAAGAAGGGAAAGGAGCAUCUGGCUCCCACCAUCCGCGCCACCGUCACCCAGUUCAACUGCGUGACCAACUGCGUCAUCUCCACCUGCCUGAGUGACCGCGCGCUCAAACACACACACCGCGCCAAAGUGCUCGAGCGCUGGAUCGAGGUGGCCCGGGAGUGUCGGAUCCUGAAGAACUUCUCGUCUCUGAGGGCGAUCCUCUCGGCGCUGCAGUGUAACGCUGUCCACCGGCUCAAGAGGACGUGGGACGAGGUGUCGCGUGAGAACGUACGCAUCUUCCACGAGCUCUCCGAGAUCUUCUCCGACGAGAACAACCACUCGCUCAGCCGAGAGCUGCUCAUUAAGGAAGGAACGUCCAAAUUUGCAACGUUAGAGAUCAACCCGAAGCGAGCACAGAAGAGACAGCAGCAGCAGCCCAGAGACCUGAGUGUGAUGCAGGGCACCAUCCCGUACCUGGGCACCUUCCUGACAGAUUUAGUGAUGAUGGACACUGCCAUGAAGGACUACGUGGAUGGCGGCCUGAUCAACUUUGAAAAGAGGAGGAAGGAGUUUGAGGUGAUCGCUCAGAUUAAGCUGCUGCAGUUGGCAUGUAAUAACUAUAACUUCAGGAGAAACGCUCGUUUCAGAGAGUGGUUCAGCAGUGUGGAGAAACUCACUGAGGCUGAGAGCUACAGUUUAUCGUGUGAGAUUGAGCCUCUGUCUGAGUCGGCCUCCAACACGCUGAAGGCAAAAAAGAACACAGGAAUCAUCAAACGCUGGAGCGAUCGUCAGCCGGUGAGUUCUUCUGAAGCGAGCUGCAGCAGCGCAGGAAGUUCUCACUCCAAAUCGUUCGAUCAGCUGCGCUACCCGUCGUGUUUGAGCAGCGGAGGAGGAGGAGGAGGAGGAGCGGAGAGAGAUGACAGGAGAGGAGAGAGAGGAGGAGAAAGAGGAGACGACUCGCUCAGCGUCACCUCCGCCGGCUCCAGCAGCUCGGACGUGGAGGAGAUCAACAUCAGCUUCAUCUCCGAUUCCCCCGACACGCACGAGAAAAAGACGUCGACGCCGUGUGUAAAACAUUCCCACUCUUCGUUAGGGAAGUGCGGCCCCAUUGGAGAUCUGACACCUACGUUCUGGGAAUCCACGUCUCUCUCGUCUCUGGACGCUGCGUCAGGUUCGGGCUCCAGCAGCGCCUCGUCCUCCUCGGUCUCGUCCACGCCGCACACGUCCACCCCGCACUCGUCCUCCCGCUCGCACAAGCGCUCCGUCUCGGGCGUGUCCAGCUACUCGUCCCUCUCUCUGCCUCUCUACAACCAGCAGGUGGACGACUGCUGCAUCAUCAGAGUGAGUCUGGACGUCGAGAACGGCAACAUGUACAAGAGCAUCCUGGUGACGAGUCAGGAUAAAACCCCUGCAGUGAUCAGGAAGGCGAUGGUCAAACACAACCUGGACCGAGAGAGACCCGAGGAUUACGAACUCGUGCAGAAAAUCAGUGAGGAUAAAGAGCUGAAGAUUCCAGACAACGCCAACGUUUUUUACGCCAUGAACUCGUCGGCCAACUACGACUUCGUCCUGAAGAAGCGCGGCUUCCCCCGAGUGACUCGCACCAAACACGUAGCGAGCUCCACGCUGCCCCGCAUGAAGCAGAAAGGCCUGAGGAUCGCUAAGGGCAUCUUCUGAAAACUCAAACUCCCAUAAUCCCACAGGGCUUGUGGAUAUGUCCCUGAGGUCAAAGGUCAAGCCCUAAAGACUGGGAGGGGGAAAAAAAAGUCACUGCCAGCUCAGGGGAGGCCGUUUAAGCGCGGCUGUGGUUGUGCGCUCGUGUUUACAGACUCUCGGGAGCCGCCUUCUAGCCGUGAGGUCACUUCCUGUGCCGUCUGAAAGGGGGUCGCUUCCUGUGUCGCUACUAAAAUGGUCAUUUCCUGUGCUGCUUCUGAGAUCACUUCCUGUCGAGCGCUGUGUUGCAGACAGCCUUCACUGCCAGAUUAAGGACGACUCGGAGCAGCGGACAUGUGACCUGGUGUUACUUUUAAAAGCGUCCUCCUGCAACAACAACAACAAAAAAACGCUUAAGGUUCAAAGCGAAGUUUCGGGAAGUUUGGCGCAGUGGAAAGCGAGCUGAACGUUCGUCUUGGUGUGCAAGUUUUUUUUUUUUUGGCCAAACGUCACAGAGACUGAAGAGACGAUCAAACAUGUCGAGUCUUUUUGGACUUUUCUGAGCUCUCUAAAUGAGAAACGAAGAUAUUUUUUGUCUUGUGUCAAUGAUAACGUGUCUGUUUUUGUUAAAAAGGGCAUUACAGCUAACGACACACACUCCUCUCACGUGACUAUUCUCCGUGUUCUCCGGACCGUGACACGUAUUUUUCCCUCUUUAGCAGAUGCUGUGACUUAACCAGCAGUGCGAAAUAUCCACCUUGUUUUUAGCAAAGCGUUCCAACAGCGCUGGAAUUGUUUAUCACUUCCGUUAUUAUCGCUAGCACUUUUUUUAUUUCAGCAAAUAGCGACAUUAUUUUGAAUAAUUGUUAGCUGAGUAAGCGAAUGUUAAGCAUGCCUGCUGAUCACGCUAGCUAGCUGAGUAAGCUGACUAGCCGUACCGCGAAUUCAGCAGAAAAUGUUAUAGCGUGAUCGUAAGUGCCACUGCUACUGCUCGCGCUUCCGUAUGUUCCGAACAGGAAGUUUGACGGAUUUAUUACUGACUUUUGAAUUUUGAAAAUAAGGUGGAUAUGCUACACAAGAACACUACUGUUAGCUUUAACACUAAAUCAUGAACAGUGUGAGAUUUUGGCAUUAAACAUAACAUAUAAUGACUUCUCGGUAAGGAAGUGCUAAACUACAGCAACACUAAUGGGAUAAAAGCGACACCCGCUUUAACCCGACUGCACCACUAGGAGGAGUUAAAGAGCCAGUGCAAAUAUUAUGUAACAUAAAAAAACGCAACAUUGACAUUGAUAUGGCGAUAAAUUGGUUUUGUUUUAUACUUGAGAGCGAUUUACAGUCCGGAAAAUACGCCAUCGUCCUCGUGUCUCGUUUUUGAGUAUUAUCGUCUUCUGCGUGUUUUUUUUCCUUUCCUCUAAUUGGUGCUAACUAACGCUGAGGUCAUCCUGCAGGUGAUCUCGCUCUCGUUUUAGAGCCUCAUGACGCUAAAGGAGCCGGAUGGAUGACGCUAAGCCUGCGGGGGUCAGAAACGUGUCCGUGGCGGAAAAAAUAAAAUCGAAAAAAGAAAGGUAGAACAAAUGAUUUCCAGGACGAGGGUAACUAGCUAGCUUAAAUUUCUAAAAACGUGAAUUUUUUUUUCUUUCCUGGGAAUUUCUUUGACAUUUUUUGUCAUUUUUUGUAAAAAAAAAAAAAAAAGAAAGACUUCAAAAUAUUGUUCAUAUUAACGUAUCACGAAUGCAUUAACAAAUUAACAUAUUACGAAUGUAUCAUAUCGCUACGACACGCAUCACGUUUUGACCGAAAUGUCCGUCACGUCACGGUGAUGACCCCUGCUAACACGCUAGCACGCUACACAAAGAGAAAAGUGAGUGCUGAUGCGGUUCUGAUGAUUUCCUGCUGAGUCUCUCCGAGCUGCGUGAUUGGUCGAUCUUUAAAAGAUGAAACAAAGAGGAAAAAUGGUAAAGAAAGAGUGUUGCUUUGUGAAUUUUUAAUUUUUUUUUCAUGGAGAACGAGAACAAACUCCACUGACGUUAAUCACGAGCAUUAAACACACUAACGUAGAAAGUUUGCGAAAUAAUCUACGUUACAGCGAGAGAGCGUCGCUUCGUACUCACUCCUGGAAUUAGAGUAUGAUGUAAUCAGCUAGUUGUGAUGUCAUGAUGUCCGGAAAUUUUAGGGCUCUAAAACACCAAGCUGACCGGGGGCGGAGCUGAGCGAAUGGUUGUGGGCGUGUCCCUAAUCGUCGGACAGCUUUAAAAAUAUAAAAGAUAUGAAUUUUUACACAAAUAUAACCAAACUGUUCCAAAUUGUAUCAUAAACAACACUUUCGCACCAAGUAGUAGCUAAGCUAUUUUUUUGGCUGUGCCCCAAUUUGCUUACUGCUGCUUUAAAUAUUGUAGCACUAUGUCAUACAGUACUAUAAGAUACUGCUACAGUGGUAGCUAGGCUAAUUUUUUUUUUGCUGUGGCCCGAGUUACAUACUGCCUCUUUAAAUAGUGCACCACUAUUUUGUUUUGGCUGUCCCAGUACAGUACUACAGGAUCCUGUUUUAAAUUGCCUACCGCUCCUUUAAAUAGUGUGUCAUUGAGAAGUACAGUAUUGUAGAAUUCUGCUACAAAUUACAUACUGCUUCUUUAAAUAGGGGAACACUAGUACAGCACUAGGAGAUUCUACUACAAAAUGCAUGUUGCCGCUUGAAAUAGUGUGGCCUAAGUAGUUCAAAUUGCAUAUUGCCACUUUAAAUAGGGGGGCACUAGUUCAGGACUGUAGAGUACAGUUACAAAUUGCAUACCGCUUCUUUAAAUAGUAUACUAAGUAGUACAGUAUUGAUAAAAUAGCAGCUAGGUUAUUUGGCAAUGUCCCAGUACAGUUCUAUAGGAUACUGCUACAAAUUUCAUACUGCCGCUUUAAAUAGCAUGGCACUGAGUAGUCUAUUAUAUGUGCUAUUAUGACAUCAUGUUUAGUACAGUACUAUGGCUCUUUUUGUUACCCACAUCCCAAAUUGCAUAUUGCUGCUUUAAAUAGUGUUGCACUAAGCAGACAGUACUGAUACAGUAGCAGCUAGGCUAAGUUUUUCUGGCUGUCCCUGUACAGUUUUAUAGGAUACUGCUCCAAAUUGCAUAUUGCCGCUUUAAAUAGCAUGGCACUGAGUAGAACAUCAUUAUUAGGUAGUAUUAUGACAUCAUGUUUAGUACAGUGCUGUGUAUCACGGGACACACGUGCUUAGUCUUUCCUUACAGCGUUCUGAUUUUUGUGAUGAAUCAGAUGAACAGAUCGCUGCCCCCUCCUGGUGUGGAGAGUUAUUUCCUUUAAUAAAAGGUCAGCUUGGGGUGUUACGGCCCUAAUAAAGAGAGAGAGAGAGAGAGAGAGUGUGUGUGUGUGUGUGUGUGUGUUGGAGGACAUUAUGUUGUGUUUUGGAAAGACGGAAGAUCCGGAACGUGAGUUAAAGACUGAAUCCUCGGGCUGCGUCUCAAUCCUGUUCACUCCCUUUAAAGUCAAGACGAGGCUUUCGGACCACACACACGCACCUACUGAGUUUUCAGCGACCGUGUGCCCUUUAGAUAAUGUGUGUGUGUGUGUGUGUGUGUUUGUAUGUAUGUAUGUUUGUAUAACUGGCAAAAAAAGGGCCAAAGAUCUUACAGAUCAUUUUACAAAAAUAUCGUAAACACUUAAAGACUCAUGAACACUGCCUGUUCACGAGAACACACACACACACACACACACACACAUAUAUAUAUAUAUACACAAAAACACACUUCAGAUGGAACACACACACUUUUCAUAUCGUACACACACACACUCAGCACGCCGGUGCCAUUGCGCUCUUUUACUUAAAAAGAAAAAAACCUAACAAUAUGAUAACACAUAUGAUUUUUUAAGUUCAUUUUGUAAUUUUUGUACAUGAAAUGUUCAUUGUAGCUUUGCUUUUAUUUCCUCUGUGUGUGUGUGUGCGUGUGUGUGUGUGUGUGUGUGUGCAUGUGUGUGGGCGCUCGCUCCACUAUUUAUUAAAUUUGUAAAUACUUUUUUGCAGCAUUGUACAUUUUGUUUUCUCUUCCUUGUAAUUUACAAAUUAAUAUAUAUGUAAAUAUUGAGUAUAUACGGCUGCGAGGUUUAUAUACCGCUGUAACUCCGAGCUCUCCAUCCACUUCUCAUUCUCCGUCUGUCUCGUGUGCAUUUUUUGUACGACAGUUUUGAUUUUGAUAUUGCCCCCCCCUCGCCCCCACACCUUCACUGUUUCUAGUGCUGGAGAGAAAAAAAAACCACCUAAUAAACAAAGUGUGUAAAAAAAAG